AUGAAAGGACUCAAAAUCACCAUCACCGUUGCUUUGGCAAUUCUUUAUACAACUACAUCAGUUGUUUCAAUUCCCAUUAAAACCGACCUUGAAUCACCAUCUGUGUCUGUAAUCAACAGAAGAGUCAUUACAUCUGAAAAAGGAGUUCAAGCUGAUGCUUCUAUAAAAGUACUAAAAAGAAAUGCCGACGUCACUGUCAAAGCUGAUGAUGUUGUCAAUUCAAGCGUAGAUAAAAACGGAAUUAAUACUGAAGUUAGUGCUGCCGAUUCCAACGCUUCUAUAUCGGCACAAAAAAGAAAUGCCGACGUCACUGUCAAAGCUGAUGAUGUUGUCAAUUCAAGCGUAGAUAAAAACGGAAUAAAUACUUAUGUUAGUGCUACCGAUUCUACCGCUUCCGUAUCUGCACAAAAGAGAAAUGCCGACGUCACUGUCAAAGCUGAUGAUGUUGUCAAUUCAAGCGUAGAUGGAAACAGAGUUAAUACUGACGUUAGUGCUGUCGAUUCCACCGCUUCCAUAUCUGCACAAAAAAGAAAUGCCGACGCCACUGUCAAAGCUGAUGAUGUUGCUAACACAAUAACUGAUACUAGUGCUUCUGUAAAAGUAAAUUCAGUAAAUCUUAAACGUAAAGUUAAUUCUGAAGCCGGUGUCGGAGAUACCAAAGUUAAUAAUGAUAUUACAGCAGAUGUUGAUGUUGUUGAUGCUAAAGUUGAUAAAGAAAAUCCAAAAGUUGAUGUUAAUGCCAAACCCGAAUUAAAAAACGUUAAAGUUGAUACUGAUAAUAAAGUCGAAAAAGGUACAAAGGACAAGAGACAAGUAGUACAAUAA